AUGGGACACGGUGACGCAUCACAUCAGAACUCGCGAGUGAGGAAAGUCUCUUGGCUGUGUUCCGCCCAGAGCGCCGCGCAACCCAUCAUCGCCGUUCACGGUUGUUCACAAGAUCGCAUUCAUGAUGAUGAUGAUGAGGAGGAGGGCGGAGAUCGGGGCUGGAAAGAUCCCGUCGAUGAGAAUGAUGAUGAUGACAAUGCCCUGCAGUCGAAGCUUGGAAUCCGGCUUGGACGGCUCUCGGCGGAACUUUCGUCAAAUCGUUCUGGAGUCAGACGCCCGUGUCAAGCCAAGAGCAGCAGCUUCUUCUUAGCAUCCUCACUAGCCCUUUAUGCCCAAUGGAAGGAACAACAGUUAUUAGCAGCGGGUGGCAGGGGCAGUCCAUUACCUCCAUCCGCCACAGGACCUAGUUGUUAUUACCGUAUGAAAGAAGUCCUGUCCGGUGCAUGGGAAUGUACAGGACGUGAGUACUCACCUAGGUAUGCACAGGAUCCAUCUCUUCCCGUCCUCCCCUCUUGCCCAAACAGCUGA